UAGAACUUCCGGUUUUGUUAUUCGUUUGUUUUUUUGAAAGCAGAACUCAAUGAAUUGGAAAAUGUAGUAUCAGAGGUUGUUUGGAGUCUGUAGGAUGGCCGGUGAUGGUGUUGGAGUGAGACUUCAUUUCUUAAUCCCAUCAUCACCUGAAGCUCUAUAAUGAAAUUAUUCACCACAAUCCAUCUCAUAUGCUUUCCACUGCUUUAUUUUCGUGUAAUUUCAUCACUACAGUAUGUCUGGCAAUCUCCCACCAAUAGGAGUCUUCUGGGACAUUGAAAAUUGCUCCAUUCCCAGAUGGAAAUCUGCUCUUUCUGUUGUCCAGGUCAUCCGAGAAUCUCUGUUUACUGACCACAGGGAGGUGGAGUUUAUGUGUGUCUGUGACACCAGCAAGGAAAGUAAAGAUGUCAUCCAGGAACUCAAUUUUGCUCAGAUUAAUGUUGUUCACAUCAAUGCCACUAGUAAGAAUGCAGCUGAUGAUAAAAUCCGACAGAGUCUGAGACGGUUCGCAGACACACACUCUCCCCCUGCUACUGUGGUGCUGAUAUCCACUGAUGUAAAUUUCGCUGCUGAUUUAUCUGAUUUGAGACACAGAAAAAAAUUUGAUGUUGUUUUGAUACAUAGUCGCAAAGUUUCAGAGGCCCUGAAAAUAUGUGCCACAAAAAACAUUGUUUAUGAAGAACUUGUAAAAGAUAUUCCAAAACGCCAAGCAGAAGUUGUUGAGGAUGGAGGAUUAGAGUUAGAGGUGACAGGACUGCCUAACAAUGUCAGUGAAAAGAAAAUCCAGAAUCGCUUAAAGAAGUUGUCCGUAAACUGUGGAGGACGAGUCGUCUGUGUCUCCAAGGAAACAGCUGUCUUACGAUUCUCAUGUCAUAAUGAUGCAGUCAAAGCAAGGAUUAGAAUGGAGGGUGAGGAUGUGUAUGGAAAUAAGAUAAAAGUGAACUUUCCUCAAACCUCCAAAAGUAAUUCCAACACAAGUAAUGAUUCCAAUGAAUUGCAAUCACAAAAAGUUCCAUCUCCAACUUCACAGACAGGAUCCAAAAAUACAAAGGCUAAGAAUAAUCAGAGAUCAAAAUCAGAAGAAAAGAAAUCUCCAAAAUCAGAAAAGGAAACUAAAAAUAAAUCUCAGCCAAGGGAAAUGGCUACCACUUCCACUGACAAAGAUGUAACAUCGACAACAACAAGAAUACAAAAUGUUGUGGAUAAAUUUUCGAAGGACAACAGAGGGAGUCGCCAUGUUCUGAUGUUACAGCAGCAGUUGUAUCAGGAGGGACAGUGGCAGUCCGAGGAACACCACACUCCCCCUCAACCAUUUUACUCCCACUACAAUUAUUACCAUGGCUACCAAAAUAGACAAAACUAUUCCCAUCAUCCUCCAGAUUACAAUAAUUACCAUGGUUACAAUGUCUCCAAUAGUUUCUAUCACUAUGGUUCCCAAAACAAUCGUAGCUUCACUUCGUAUAGUUCUUAUCGAAGCUUAUAUGAAGGUAACCCACAAAAUUUUCGCAGAAAUCAGCAAAAUGGUUAUCCAAAUGAAUCCUCCAUGCAUCCAGUGUAUGAUCACAGAAACAGAGAAAAUUAUGGAAACUAUGAAUCAGAUAGAGAUUUCAAUGACAGGAAUGUGUACACAUUUCAACCAAUCACAAGUCCCUCACCUUGUCCCAGUUCUUCUAGCGGUUCCUCUGUGGAGAUUGACCAGGGGGACUGGGAUUCACUGACCGGACCUGUAGAACUGAUGGUUUCUAACCUUGACUACAACAUCAGUGCUAAGGAGUGGAGAAAAAUCUUGUUUACAACAUUUCAUCCUCAUGUUAGGGUUCUGAAUGUUCAUGUGAAGACACAGCCAGAUAACACAAGUCUAGGAAUGGUUAAAGUUCCUAGUAUAGAGGAGGCUAGGUUUGCUAUCUCACAAUUCCACCGCAAAAAGAUUGGAUACAAACGGAUCCAUGUGACCUUAAAGAAUGAGGAUACACAGCGUCCAGCUUCCAGCACCAGAAUGGAAGCUGUAGCCCUUCUCUCAGAAGCAAAAGGAAAUGUUCUGCCAUUGUUCAAAUUCAUUGAACUUUUUGAUAAAAGGUACCACAGGACUAUCAGUGUAUCAGAGCUGUAUAAGAUGAGGGACACUAUUGAAAUCCGAGAGCAGGGAGGGGCAGGGAGGAUGGUCUACCUUGCAAACUCCUCCCCUCCUUUGUCCACGACUCCCUGCUCUGAACCUGGGGAUGGGGACAUGACUGAGAUCCUGGAGCAGCCUGUGUGUCUAAAACACUGUCCAGAGGGCUCUGUUGCAUACGCAGAGGCUGUCAAUAGAUGCAUGUUGCCCCUAGUCAAAAUCCGCUUAAAAACAUUUGCUGCAGAUGUUCACACCUUGCUGCUUAGUCAUGAGGGAAACAUGCCACUUAUGAGUUUUUCUGCCUGCUAUGGGGCUGAGUUUUCAGCCAUCUCAGAGGUUUUAGAAGGAGGGGUGCCUCUAGAACACCUGAUAAGCUGUGUUCCAGGAAUUCAGAUACAGGUGUCCAGCUCAGGUGUAAAAAAGAUACAGUGGGCCGAAAAUAAACCUCCAUCUCAGAUCACAGCUGAACAAAGCAGGACCUGCACCAGCCCCCUCCUGAGCCAGCAAUUUAGUCAAAUUAGCCGUGAGAUGGUGGACCUUUUGAAGCAGUCCCCCCAGUGUCGUAUGCCCUGCAGCAAGUUUAUUCCCUCCUAUCACCACUUCUUUGGCAGGCAGUGUCGUGUGGCAGACUACGGCUACAACAGACUCAAAGAUUUGUUUGAAGCCAUUCCUCAUGUUGUACAGGUACUAGGAACAGGGGAUAGAAAGAUGCUGACACUGAGUCACAAGGCCCAGUUACGACGAUUCACAUCAGACCUCACCAAAAUACUCAAGUCACAGCCAGGCAAACAGUUGUAUGCCUCUGCCAUUCCUGAGGCCUUUUCUCUGGCAUUCAAUAAGAGGUUUGAUGUGGCUGAAUAUGGAAUGGCUUACUUGGAUGAUCUGUUGUCUGAGCUUCCAGCAACUUCUAUUGUGGUUUCAAAUGAAGGGAAGGAAUGCACUGUCACUCUCCCAAGAAAAGACCAGAGUCCUGAGGAGAUAGAAAGAACUAAACAGUUUGCAUUAGAAGUGGUGGACCUUCUGAAGCACAACCCCCAAUGUAGGAUGCCAUUCAAUAAGUUCAUCCCAGCCUAUCACCAUCACUUUGGUAGACAAUGCAGAGUGUCAGAUUAUGGCUUUAGUAAACUUCUAGAUCUAUUUGAAGCUAUCCCACAUGUUUUAGAGGUAAGUAUUGAGGAGGAAGGUGAGGAAAGGUUGAUCUACCUGACAGAACCUGAGCUUCGUAAGAUCCUGGCUGAACAGAUCAUCGGUCUUUUAAAAGCCCAGAAAAAUGAAUGUGUAGCCCUCCAUCAUCUAAUGUCAGCCUUCACCUGUCACUAUGGCUUUAACAUCCCACUACAUGAUUUUGGAGUGGACUGUGAAGAAGACCUCCUCAAUAAGCUGAAACAUGUUGUCAAGGUGGAGAUGGUGAAUCGCUGUAAGUAUGUGAUGUUGACAGAUCGCAAUACCAUUCCUCCAUUAGCCAAGCAGGUACUUCAAUUGUUGAUGGAUCAGAGUGGUGGAAGUCUUCCCCUGAUGGAGCUCUGUAGUCGCUAUCUGUCCACACAUGGUACUGAGUGUAACAUCAAACAGAUCAAAGAGGAAUUACUAGAUUAUGUGCAGGUGACAGGGGAUGAUGAGUCAGAGGUCAUCAGUCUGACCGCCCUACAGAUUUUUGCCAGGGACACUCGUAUCCUACUACAUAAGCACACACAGAUAGCUGUGUCUCACUUUGACACAGCCUUCAGGGAGAACUUUGGAAUUGAGAUCAAGCCUGCUUUGUAUGGCUGUCCCACUAUUGAGGCACUACUUCAGGCAAUUCCACAUAUUGUGACUUUUGGAGGGAAAGGCCAGAGGAAAUUUGUACAGCUUGCAGAUGAAUUUUCAGGGAGUAUGUCACCAAUCUCUGGCCUCGUCAGAUUGUCACCAUCUGCAGAUUCUGAUACUCAGUCUAGUGAUUCAGGAGUUACAGAUACACAUCCAGAAGUGGAGGACAUUAUGAAGCAUUCAUCAGGACCUGCAGUAGAUCUGCUGGGUGCCCCAGUUCCUUCAGCCAUUCCCUCCCCUGAUCUGCGUCCUGUUGCAAGACAAUUAGAUCUCAUGAAGUUUGAAAGUGUUACAGAUAUAACAGAGAAAAUAUGGAGUCUAAGUGAGGAAGAAAAGAAGGGACAGAAGACCCCUCUUUGUAGGACACCAACAUCUGAGCUCCUACAGCUGGCUGCCCAAUGUUUAAUCUCAAGACCUCCCUCCACCGAGCCUGGAUCUAAAGAGGAGAAAAAGUCUGCCAGUCAAGAGUUACUCGACUUAAUCAAGGGCAGUGGAUGGUGGAAAAUUAAUGGGAAUGAGAUUGACCAAUUUAAGAAGAACCUGUCAGAGGAAACAAAAGGUGCUGAUAAAUCUAGUCCAUCUGUUUCAGCAGAUAAGCCAAGGAGAGAGGAUGCUGAGAGAAAUGGUAAGGAUCUGAAGUACCAGUCAUCCCCUCUACAAGAGUUGGCUGCUAAACAGAUUUUACAGGCCCUCCACUUGCCACCCAAAAAUCUGGGCAAGGGAAAGCUGGAGCAUACCUGUGCUGCUUCUGAGGAAAUGUCAUAUGACGAGAUGUUUCGACAUGAUUUGCCUCUUGAGACCAGCUCCAUCAAAUCAGAUUCCAGCACUCUGAGUGACAAGUCUGAAUCGCCAAAGAAAUCCCCUCGCAAGCCCCGAAUUGCAGCCAAGUUCACAGUCCCUAUGGACUUGGGGUCUCAGUGACACUGUUAGAAUUGUGUAUCUUGUACACAUCUGAUAAAUUUUCGUUGCAGUUGGCUUGCAUGUUUUGUGUUUGCUUAGUUUUGUGAUCCAAAAAAUGGAAGUUGUUACAGUUUUAUUUUUCUAACAAAUGAUUUUUUUUCAGUUAAGCAACUGAUGUGAGAAAUUGAAGAUAUAAUUUUCUGUGAUGAACAGUGUUGAAUUUACUAUUGUGUUACCAAAUUGAAUAUAUAUAGAGAACUAUGACCAUUACAAUUCUAUAUUGUAACAUCCAGUUUUUGAUUCAUUAGAAAUAAUGUUGUGAUAAAAUGUGAUCAUGUUUGUAUAAGAAGACCUCUUAUAUAAUAUUAAUGGAAGAAGGUCUUAAUUAAGAAAUUGCAGGGGGGAAAGCUCAGUGAGGGAAAUAUUGACUUCAGUGUUUUCUGCUUUAAUAGUAAAAGUUGCAUCAUUUUUUUUAAUGGACUGAAUCUGAAAGAAUUUAUGAUUUUGUAGGCAGAUAACUGGAAUCAGUUUUUCUCUCACUGAUUAUUUUUACAAGACCAGGCUGACACAGGGUGAAUUUCCUGUAGUCUGGUUUAAUUGGUGACUUGUUAAUUUGUAAUAGAUCAGUUAGUAUCAAUGUCAAAAAGUGAAGGUUUAUUUAAACCUUAUAGAUUUUAUGACCUUAUGAAUUGUUACAUUAUGACAUCUACAUUCUGAUUCAAGAGCUUGUGUAAGAUCAGAUUGUUUGACAGAGAAAUGAUUCUUAGGAAGUUUUGUGCACUUGUAAUUGGAGUUUGUACAUUAUAUACAUUGGACAGAAUGCUAUAUAGUGUAGCAGAGGGCUUGUUUUGCAUUAGAGAAUGUGCAACUUUGUCAGCAGUACAUCUGCAGUAUAGUUUAUACUAUGAAUAUAUUGGAACUAAUUAUCAGUACAUGUGAUAUGUACAUUGUUCAAUGUUCCAUAGCAACAAUACUAUAUGCACAAAUCAGGUUAGGCUGAUGGAAAGUUUGUAUUAACAGAACAGCUGGCAAAAUAUAAAUACAUGCUUUAUUUCUUUAUCAGUUGAAUGUUUAAAAAUGCCAUGAUUUUUCUGCUUUUUUGGACAAUGCAAUUCUCUCUCACAAAUUGUGAAAUAAAUAUGUGCACUUUC